UGGACUCAUUCCACGACUUUAGGCCAAAUAAAAAAACCAAACGCACCAAGGACACAGCUUAUGUGUGUUUUGUCAGCUUAAAAUUGCCCGAAAGCUCUGACCUCUCAAUACCCAUUGCGCUUGGUAUGCCUUUUACGCGGCGCAGUUUCGCGCUACAAAACGGGGAGGAAUCGUUGCCAAUGGUAGUUACACUCAUCGAGAAGGAUCACAUUUACUAUUUGAAUAUUUUCGAAGAUAACAGUCCGGCAAUUUUGGUGACCAAUCAAACAGAUGUACCCUUCAUCAUUGCACAAACGAGCGCCUCCGAGAAUAGCAAAGUUUCCAAUACUACGCCAGAAUAUAACGGACGCCACUUUGAAUGGUAUCAGCAGGUUCCAGCCUACAGUAAAUGCUACUACACGCCACCGGAGCUUUAUACCAGUUUUCCUGACGUCGAGUCCACAACGUGCAAUAUUACCUUAGCGUUAUACAAAGAAAACGCAACGAAAAAGACAUUGAAAUGGUCAAAACCUAUACGUACAGAUAGGACAUGGGAAAAAUUCUUGUAUAUACCCAAUCACGGUGAUGUAAAAGUGAUUGUCUGUGAUAAACAUCGCGUUACGCGUAUUUUUGUCUACUACAUCGCUGAGCUUGAGUUUUCUGUAAAAGAUCUGCGUUCUCGUUUGUUGGCCCCUCAAAUCCUUCCCGAAACUGAAAGCCCCAGCUCCUCAUUUUUGUCCAUCUCCCCCAGUACGGCCAUUCAUCACCCGGUCACAAUGAGCAACACGCCCGCUAAGUGUAGACACUUCUCCAGCGAGUGCAACACAAAAUUCCAAAUGAAGGUGCGUUGUUUUAUAAAGGCGUUAAUCGUUAGUUUGCACGCUGACGAUAAAGCAGCAGACUGUGUGAAGUCGGAAAUAGUGAGUUUGUAUGCCGAUGACACGCUGGUAGCAUUUGAUGACAACGAUGAUGACAGGGAAUUGCACUUGUUGCUGCCAAAUUUACAAUUGGAUAAUCAAAAUUAUGUAUGUGGGCAGUAUGAUUUUCCGGUGGUACUAUGCGCCCAGGAAUCGUAUGAACGAAAGUCGAUAAUGCCACCAGUCCAUUAUCUGGAUCGCACGUAUCAAAAUCUACGAAAUCGACCGCUAAUGGCGCAUUUUAAAAUCGGUUUCUUCGAGGAUGAAAUGAUGUUGCACUCGAUUGUUUGUUCUUUCAGUCCAAUGCGUAUCUACAUUGAGGAUUCAUACCUUAACUACUGGCUUGACGCUGUAGUGGAUUGCACACCUUCCAAUUGUGCUUAUCGCGCGGAGCAGCCAAUUUCACGCAUCACUCUGGCUAGUGGAGAAUUUCUUUUACCGCGGGUCGUCGUCGGACAAGCGACGUGUAUUGCAGAGCCGCUGCAGAUACGCCAAUUUCAAAUUGACCCACUUGACGUUCUGCUCUCCGUCCACACUUCCAUACGUCUUUACAUAGCGCUUGACCAUUCACCCCUCUCGUUUUCCACCUAUAAUCGCCAAUAUAUAUUAACAGUGCCGCUACGCUUCGGCCAGUCGCUUAGUAUGCAUUAUUUAUCGGGCGCAAUUUUCGGCGCGGGCUGGGUUGUGGGUUCACUGGAGAUACUGGGUAGUCCCAGUGGGUUGGCGCGCUCGUUCACCACUGGACUGCGCGAUUUCGUUUCCAUGCCGGUAGAGGGACUUUUUCGUGGGCCAUGGGGUUUUAUUGUAGGUGUAACACAAGGUUCCGCAUCGCUUCUACGCAACGUUACUGCUGGUACAUUAAACUCUGUUUCAAAGCUGGCCGCAUCUGUGGCGCGAAAUCUCGAUCGUCUAACACUAGAUCAGGAGCACAUUGAGCGUACCGAAGCGCUGCGGCGAUGCCGGCCACAUGGCUUCACGGAGGGUUUGGCCCAAGGUGUCACGGGCUUGGGUAUAAGCAUUUUAGGUGCAGUUGGCGGAUUGGCUCGCCACACUUUGGAGGCGCGAACGCCCGUAGAGGUGAUGACUGGUGUUGGCAAGGGGCUAGUAGGUGCCGUAACUAAGCCACUUAGUGGUGCAGCUGAGUUGUUGGCACUCACCGGACAAGGUGUGCUGCAUACUGUGGGUUUCAAUACUAUGCCGGAGUUGCGUGUGGCCUGUCACUGUGAGAAUAUUCCAACUGAACCUUCAGCGUAUCGCAUAUGGAAACUUUUACCUGGCACACUGAAAUCAGAUCAGAUUUUGUUCAAUUGCGAGGUAACAUUGGUGACGCAAGAACAAAUGCGACGUGGCUACGCUUUGCUAACAACCAGCGUGUUUGCUCUUAUGGAGUUGGAGAAUUAUAGUUUAAUAUGUGUGUCCCCCAUUGACAAAGUGGAGAUGACGAGUGAUGCCGCGGACAAAACACUGUAUUAUAUACACUUGAUGAAAGAUAAAGAGGGCGCAGAUGAGCAGGACUAUACAAAUCAGCGCAUUAUCACCUACAUACAUUCCUCGACUUCUCUGAAGAAUGUGUCGACAGCAGCGGCUGGCUCACUGAGUGAUCUUAUGCAAAAUCACGAACAAGAGAUGCAAGCGAGCAGACGCAAACAAACUGAUUGGUCAUUCUAUAUUAGUGAAGCGCUUGGCACACACAUUAUAAGGUAUUUAAGAGUAAUGAAUAGAAAUUGGUAAUAGAAAAGCAGGUACCCGAUUACCACUGUUACUUUUUACAUUAACGUUUAAUGGUUUUUUAGAACAUGACACUUAGUACAUAUUUUAUAUCAAUUUGUAUUUGUAUAUACAAGUAUUUAUAUUUAGGAAUAGGAAUUCUAGUUCUUAGAACUUUAAGGAACAUUAAAGAGAAAAUAAAAAUGAGAAUUGUAAUUAAUUAUUAAUUAGUUGUUACUGUAGCAAAUGCUGCCUAAAUCGGCACGUCUAUCAAUCGUUGACGUCAAACAUAAUUAAUGACAGGCCCAAGAGACGUGCUGUGUCGAUGUGAUCGGACCAAAAGGAAAGGGUAAAUGGGUCUAGGGGCCAGUG